UUGGACGUCAGCGUACCUUAUUCGUCGAUGGAUUGGACGCGCUGAGGGAGCUACUGACGAAGGAUGAGCUCAAUGGUAGACCAGAUGAUAUAAUCACCAAAAGUAGGACUGGUGGAACGAGAAGGGGUAUAAUAUGUAUCGAGUCCGAACUACUUCACAAGCAGAAGAGCUUCAUGCUAAAAGAACUGCAAAGAAUUUAUGGACGUUCUUCUCCAAAGGCAGGCGAGCGCAGUGAUUGAGGGAAUGAAGUCAAGAAUCCAAGAAAGUGGCACGAUGUGCGUCAACCAUUUGUUUUCAGUGCAGACCCUGGCAUCAGUGUGCACUCUGAUGACGGGCACGGAAACUAACACACAAGGCGAAGAAUUUAAGAAGCUGUACGGUGUCAUGGAGAACUUUUCGGAAAACAUUUCGUUCACAAGCUCGGCCUUUGGCAUGUUUCCCCUCCUGAGGUACCUCUGCCCGGAGUACUGUGGAUACAAUACGUACGUAGACAUGCACCAGAAGAUAACUGCCUUUUUCCACCAGAAAGUAAAAGCCUUCUGGCCUGAUGGUUUCAUCCGACGAUACCAAGAGGUGAUAGACUCAGGAAAGGAGGAUGGGUUCUGCGAGGAUCAGCUGUUAGCCAUUUGCCUAGACAUGCUCGUUGGAGGCUUUGAAACGACCAACAACGCGCUGGGCUUCCUCUUCUUCCAUAUCCUACGCCAUCCUGAUGUUCGGAGAAGGGUGCAAGACGAAAUUGACAGCGUGGUCGGAAGAAGUACGCUUCCGAGCCUCGACGAUAGACCACGGCUCCAGUAUCUGGAAUGUGUCGUCUUGGAAACUCUGCGCGCGUUUAGCGGCAGACUCUUCUUAGGGCCGAGAAGGGCAAUUAAGGACGCCGUACUUCAUUCCAAAGGACACCCUCAUACAGUCACGACUAAGGGCCACGCUUCUAGAUCCAAAUUGUCGUUUUAAAGAUCCGAUGGCGUUUCAACCACAACGUUUUAUGAAGGACGGCAGAUCGAGCGUUCCUGAUGACUGCAUUAUGUUCGGUAUUGGCAGGCGGAGAUGCCCCGGGGAAGUCUU